GUCUCGACUCCGCGUCACGGCCUCUUAUCCCUACCACCUUCCGACUUGUAUAAUUCCAUAACUUAUCCUCGUUGUACAACAUACCGCCGCCGACCACGACGCCUACUGCAAUGUCCUCGGCUACCUCUCGCCUGACCGGCAUCUCUCUUCUUCGCCACGAGUCGGACGACAAUGAUAGUGUCAUUUCUGCACAGGAUACCUACUCAUCUGCUGCGAGCAGCUCUUCGAAGCCAUACGACACCCGCUCGGUGGUGUCUGAUUCCGCCAUUGCUUCUUCCCCAAGCGACAUCCCAUCCACCCCAUUCCGGCCAGAGGGCUUGCGGCGGAACGAGCAUCUCGCAGUUCUUCUCCGGAAAGACCUAUGGAAGCCCGACUCCCAGGCGUCCCGCUGCGACACAUUCCUCUGUUCAAAGAAGUUUUCCAUCUUGGAGCGCAAACAUCACUGCCGCAAGUGCGGAGGCAUCUUUUGUUCGGCAUGCUCCACUCGCUCGACCCAACUCUUGGACGUAUCGAAUCUUCCAUUCAUGAGUCCGCCCCGAAACGUCUCUGUCAAGGCGUUCGAAUCUCUUGAAUCUCCCGUUGCACUCUCCCGUGUCUGCGACGAGUGCUACGAUCAGAUCCACGGCACUCAUACAUCACGGUCGACCCUGCUCAAGCAGCGCUCUCAGUCGCUUCAGUGGGAGGCCGACUCGGCUUCCACCACAUCAUCAACCUCGAGUUCUCCCCGCUCUCCAUCAACACCUCUCGAUGGUUCUACUCUCUUACCGCCGCCAGUCCGCCGUCCCCUGCUCCGUGCACACACCUCGCCACGCAUUCCAACGGUCUCGAGACCGCCGACGCCACCGCCUGGCAUCUCCCAGGAGCUUGCUGCGUACCCGCUCUGCCACUCCUCUGCGAUCUGCAAGGCCACUGGCGGCGGCCGAUGGGAGCCGAAGCCCGUGAUGCAGUACGUCAGCAUGCGCCUCCCCGGCCGCAAGGCCGCGUACGAGAUCGAGUUGGAGCGGGAGGAAGAAGAGCUCCGCCGCCUGAAGGCGAAUCCCAUUAUCCGCGACGGCGAUUUCCAGCUGCGCGCCCCGCGCGAGUUUGAGCCGCGCUCUCUCGGUGGGCCGAUUACCCUUUCGACAUUCUGAGGUGUCGCUUCUGCCAUCCUGUCUUUCCAUGCCCUGCCUACUCUAAUAUGCUGCACAUGCCCCCUUCCUCUCGUUGUCCUACUCGCUCCUUGUUAUCGUCUAUGCUAUUGCCACGGACUUCGCUUUACAUUCCCCC